ACUUCCAAACCGGCCAGUUAUUCGAUUACUAAUUGACAGUUCAGGUAAUAUAGUUGUUAGUGGAACAAAUAUUCCUAACGCUGGGCAAGUAUAUAUUCAAUCAUAUAGAGAUUCAUACUAAUGGUAGGAUCGUAGGAUAAUAAUCGAACGUUAGGUUGAAAUGAAAUCGGAACCGGCUGAAGUGGAAAUGGCGGCACGGCCGGAAGUGCAUUGGUUCGUUGAUGUUUCACCAAAAGGUGUGCUCGGUAGAAAUGACACCGGUACUUCGUGGGUCUUUCGAGGAACUUACAACAACCAACAAGUUGCCAUCAAACGAGUGGGAAUCGAUGAAGUAGAAGAGACGAAGGAGAACGUUUUGAUCAGCCAACUUGAGCACACAAAUGUCGUCAAACUGCUUCACGUGAAAGAAAACUUGUUCAAGUUUUUCACACUGGAACUGUGCGCUGCUUCUCUUCAAGGAUUUUUCGAUCAAGACUACAAUGGACCGAUGCCGACAGACGUUGAAGUUCUCUGCCAAUUGUCUAGUGGACUUGAUUACAUCCAUUCCAAGGGGUUCAUCUAUCGUAAAGUCAAACCGGAGAACAUGUUGAUAUCGUUGACGACCCCUGUCGUUAUGAAAUGGGCCGAUUUUGGUCUCAACCAAAUGUCCGAUUCGUCAACUGAGAGUUCCAGCAGUGAAUCUCUGUGCUGGAUGUCACCGGAAGUUCUCGCCUGUGCAGACGGAAUUUGCAUGGAUUCGAAAGAAAGCGAUAUUUUUUCAGCUGGAUGCGUUUAUUUUUAUUAUUUUACGCGUGCUCAUCCGUUUGGGAAAAAAUCAGUCGUCAAGAAGAACGUCAUGGAGGGCAACCCCAUCAGCGCUGAAAGACUUGCAAAUGAUCACUUUGCUAAGACUGUCAUUUCCAGAAUGAUUGCCAAAGAACCGGCACAAAGAAUCACUUUGGCGGAAGUAAUUGCUGGAUUGCAACCGAUUCCGCAGCAGCCAAGUCCACCAGUCGUGUCUCCACCCACUCCUCGGUACGUAACCGCUGACGACAUUACUCCAAUUUCGGCACUGGAACCGGGAGUGAAUUCCGGGACGAUUCGUGCCAGAGUUGUUUCAAAGUCAAAAAUAGGAAAUUGGAAAAAAAAUGCUGGAUUUGACAUGAAGUUUUUUACUGUGCUUCUCCGAGAUGACACUGGUGAAAUUAAAGCCCAGGCUUUUUCAAAAAAUUUCGAAAGGUUCUAUAACCAAUUUCAAGUUGGCAAAGAAUAUGCCAUCAAGCGAGCAACAUUAAAAGAAAACGCUUACGAUAAUACGAAAGAAUUAUCUUUGGGGAAGGCAACCACUGUACAAGAUCUUUAAAGUAACAGCGUUAGAUUUAAUUUUCACUGAGGACUCAAUUUUUAAUGGUUUUGAAAAGAUGUUAAUUUUCAAUGAACCGCAUUGUAGUUUAUACAGCUUAUAAUUACAAAAUUCC